ACCAUUUCGAUGCCUGCCGACUUCACGGUAGGACGUCGUAGAUGUCACUGGUGGCCAAUGGUGCGAUGCACGAUUGUUGCUGCUGUUCGUCAUAUGAUGUGGUUAUUUAUAAUCCGCCGUGAAAGUAUCGACCAAAUAGUGGCCAGAUCCUGAGCACCAUAUCGAGCAGUGAAACGGAAAGUUGCCACCGUCCAGGAUGGAGCUAUCAGACCUGCCGAAAGAGCUUCUGGAGAAAAUCCUCGCCUUUCUUCCGGUGGAUGAGCUCGUGACGGUAUCGCUCGUUUGCAGCAGCUGGUGUGAUGUAAUCCGCACCUUCAUCCUACCGAAGCAUGCCAUGCUACACGUCCGACCUGUUCAUCCCGUUACCCAUCAGCUGAUUGCCAUGGAGACGGUGCUGAAGGAGCAAUCGGCUAAACCUUAUCCCUGGACGAACGUGAAAAUAACCAUACCGAAUGAGGAGCUUCCGUCCCGUUCCGAGUUUGUGCAGUUCUUCCAGCACCAAGGUCACGCCCUGAAGAGUCUCAGUCUGCAAUGCAUCCAACUAACUGCGGACAUCCUGGAGGUGUUCCGUACACUGUACAACCUCGAAAGUCUUUGCAUCGUUAGCGAGUCGGAAUCGCUGUACGGGUCGGCUCCUGCGAACGUCGAAAUGGCACUUACCUCACUGAAAGCUCUCAAGCACCUCAAGCUGCAUCUUCCCUCGUACACCAUCCUGCGAAGUGUUGCGUUCCUGAGCGGGGCAAGGCUCGUGUCUUUGUCGCUGGAACGGUUCGAGAUGGAGCUGCAUCACCUGAAACCGCUGCUCAACGACCACCAUCGAACGUUACGCGAGUUGACCGUACGGGUGGAGGAGAUGAAGCCUCUUCUGGCGCUGUUGAACUCCUACGAAGAACUGAAGCUGUAUCGGCUUAAUCUGAAAAGCGCCGGCAACGAGGAUGAUUUUUCCGACGGGUUGAUACAGCUGUACGACCGUCAACCCCAGCUACGGUCACUGACGAUCGGGUCAGAAUUAUCGCUGCGAGCUGUGGAUGCACUGCCGAAGAAGCUGCACCAUCUGCAGGAGCUGGAAAUCAUUGCGGAAAGCAUUAACAACUGUAAAGCGCUCAGCGAGUUGCGACACCUGCGACGACUUACCAUGUGUCUGUACGAUGUCCGUGCCUGGGAUGAGACGGUGCAGAUAGACGGUGUGACGGAGCUCUCGUUGGCGGUGACAUUCCCACUCAUUUCUCCGGCCAUCUUUUGCUCCUUUCCCAAUCUGCACCGAUUGUAUCUGGAGGAUGUGGACGAUGAUACGCUGAUGCGGGACAUCGUUGUCGUGCGUACGCUGAUGGAGUCGAUGCGUGGCGUCCGUGUGCUAGAUUUGGAAAACUUUGUGUUCAAGGAACGCGAAAUCCUGAACGACGGUGUGUUGCGGUUCGAAGAGAUGGACAACUUGGAAUGUUUGAAGUACAGCUGCCGUGACAUGUCGGAUGCGUCGCUGCUUACUAUGAACCUACCGUAUCUGCGUGAGCUGUAUCUAACGCACUGCCCGAACGUGUCGAUCAAGGGAAUAUCCUUUCUCGUGAGCAACUGUCCACUGAUCGAACGGUUGCAUCUCGAAUCGAACAAGCGAGGACUGGAUGAUGAUGCGCUGAAGCUGACAACACGCAAGCUGACCCAUCUCAGGAGGCUGGUGCUGGUGAACCUGCGUGCGCUCACGAACGUUUCCUUGGAUGCGAUCGUGGCCAACUGUUUUUAUCUUGUGGAUUUAACCAUAACGCACUGCGUCGGGAUUACUCUGGAGAAAGCUGAUGCCAUCGAGAAGCUGGCGGUAGUGAAAUCAUUGAAAAAUUUAAUUUACAGCUAAUUACAGUGCCGAAAGAAGGGUAAAAUGCUUUGGUGAAUCGAUUCCAUGUUGUGAUUGAGACAUGAAGAAGCUUUUUGCAACAAAACGCUUCAUGCACGCGAUCUUCGAAAGCUACAAAACAAUCCGCGAUGCACCAACUAAAACUUUGCUAAGUCCAAAUACCAAAAAUUGAAUUAAAUAAAACAGUGACCAGAUUUUCACCAUACUGAGAAAGAUAGCGGAGCAACAACUACA